GCGGGAGGAGGUGGGUGAGAAGGCUCUAAGUUCCUUCCCGGAGUUACCAGGGCGUUCGCCGAGGUAGUGUGUAGUGACGGGAGGACUUGCGGACUUUGGCGCAGCCUGGACUUGCGGCUCUCAACACCCGGCAGGAAAAAGCCGGCCUCCAGUAUGCGACCUAGUGCCAGAGAAUAACAGUUUAGAGGGUCAACAUGUUUUCCAACUUGGGGAAGUUUGGAGUAAAUCAUAAGAAAAUACCCAUCCUGCACAUUAAUAAUAUGUGUUGCUCUAAAAUAAAAGCAAGUUUAAAAAGAUUAAAGCUAUAUGUGCCUCUUGGAAGAAACUACAGUUCUCUACCAGGUUUAGUUGGAAAUGAUAUCAAAUCCCUUCAUUCCAUCAUCAGUCCUCCCAUAGCUAAAAUCCGUAAUAUUGGAAUUAUGGCUCAUAUUGAUGCAGGCAAAACUACCACCACAGAAAGAAUAUUGUACUAUUCUGGAUACACAAGAUCACUAGGAGAUGUUGAUGAUGGAGACACGGUGACAGAUUUCAUGGCUCAAGAGCGAGAAAGAGGCAUUACUAUUCAGUCUGCUGCUGUAACCUUUGAUUGGAAGGGGUAUAGAGUCAAUCUAAUUGAUACACCAGGUCAUGUGGACUUUACCUUGGAGGUUGAGCGCUGCCUUAGAGUGUUGGAUGGUGCAGUAGCUGUGUUUGAUGCCUCUGCUGGUGUAGAGGCACAAACUCUUACAGUAUGGAGGCAAGCUGAUAAACACAAGAUACCUCGAAUCUGUUUUUUAAACAAAAUGGACAAAACUGGAGCAAGUUUUAAAUAUGCAGUUGAAAGCAUCAGAGAGAAGUUGAAGGCAAAGCCUUUGCUUUUACAGUUACCACUUGGUGAAGGCAAAGCUUUCAAAGGAGUUGUGGAUGUUGUAAGUAAAGAAAAACUUGUUUGGAAUCGUAAAUCAGAGGAUGGAAAAGACUUUGAGAGGAAACCCCUCUUGGAAAUGAGUGAUGCUGAAUUGCUGAAGGAGACAACUGAAGCAAGGAAUGCCUUAAUUGAACAGGUUGCAGAUUUGGAUGAUGAAUUUGCUGACUUGGUUUUAGGAGAAUUUAGUGAAAAUUUUGAUUUGCUACCAGCUGAAAAGCUACAGACUGCAAUACACAGAGUAACACUGGCUCAGACAGCAGUGCCUGUGCUUUGUGGAAGUGCCCUGAAAAACAAAGGGGUCCAGCCCUUGUUAGAUGCUAUUACCAUGUACUUGCCUUCACCCGAAGAGCGCAACUAUGAAUUUCUGCAGUGGUAUAAAGGUGACUUAUGUGCCCUGGCAUUUAAAGUUCUUCAUGACAAGCAGCGGGGACCACUGGUGUUUAUGCGCAUUUACUCAGGCAUGAUAAAACCCCAGUCAGCCAUCUAUAAUUUUAAUGGAAACUGCACGGAGAGAAUAAGUCGUCUUCUUUUGCCAUUUGCUGACCAACAUAUAGAAAUCCCUUCACUGACUGCUGGUAACAUUGCUUUGACUGUUGGCCUUAAACAUACUGCCACUGGAGACACCAUUGUGUCAUCCAAGUCCAGUGCAUUAGCUGCAGCUCGUCGAGCCGAAAGGGAAGGAGAAAAGUCUAGACAAAACAAUGAAGCAGAGAGACUUUUGUUGGCUGGGGUGGAGAUUCCAGAACCUGUUUUCUUCUGUACCAUAGAGCCCCCUUCAGUGGCUAGGCAGCCAGAUUUGGAUUAUGCACUGAAAUGCCUUCAGCGUGAAGAUCCCAGUUUGAAAGUGAAGCUGGAUCCUGAUUCUGGACAGACCGUCCUCUGUGGUAUGGGGGAGCUACAUAUCGAGAUUAUUCAUGACCGAAUCAAGAGGGAAUAUGGACUGGAAACCUACCUAGGACCUCUCCAGGUGGCAUACCGAGAGACCAUCCUAAAUGCAGUUCAUGCCACAGAUACCUUAGAUAGAACUUUAGGAGACAAACGGCAUCUUGUGACUGUAGAACUGGAAGUAAAACCAAUUGAACCAUCCUCUGUUACGCCAGUUAUCAAGUAUGCUGCAGGUGUUAGUGAAGACCUUCCGAAGGUCUCCCAAGAGGCCAUUGAAAAUGGAAUUCACAGUGCAUGCCUGCAAGGACCAUUGCUCGGAUCCCCAGUUCAAGAUGUGGCCAUUACUUUACAUUCACUGAUCAUUCAUCCUGGUACCUCCACAACGAUGAUUUCCGCUUGUGUCUCGAGAUGCGUACAAAAGGCUCUGAAGAAAGCUGAUAAGCAAGUUUUAGAGCCCCUGAUGAAUCUUGAGGUGACAGUGACGAGAGAUUACCUCAGCCCUGUCCUGGCAGAUCUGGCACAAAGAAGAGGAACCAUUCAGGAAAUCCAGACUCGUCAGGAAAACAAAAUCGUUAUUGGAUUUGUUCCCUUAGCAGAGAUUAUGGGUUAUUCAACUGCACUUCGAACGCUUACCUCUGGCUCAGCUACGUUUGCCUUAGAACUCUCAAAUUAUCAAGCCAUGAAUCCUCAAGACCAAACUACACUGCUCAGCCGGCGAAGUGGCUUGCCCCAGGUGCUUUAGGUCUUUGGAGACAACCGCACAAGCACCUCCCGACUGCAUUUUCAGUAAGAAUACUCA